UCAGAGCACGAGGAGGGGGGGGAGAGAGAGGCAGUUGGUGCCUUCUGCUGGGGAAGCGCGCGGAGGAAAGAGAGUCAGGGAAGAGACCCGGAUGUGCCCCCUUGCUGUUGUUGCGUGAGGCGCAGAAGGAGCGGGUCGUGGCCGGCGCCUGAGGCCGCCCCGCCAGGCCGCAAGAUGGAGGAGGCGGGGUUUGGGGCCGUGGCGCCGCCGGUAGUCGUGGCGCCGGCGCCGCCGUCUCCUCCUUCGUUGCCGGGCGCGGCGGCGGCGUGAGGCGUGAGGCGGAGGCGAGGGCCGCAGGCAGGGAGGCCUCUCGGAGAGGGAGGUGGGGCCUCGGCGGGGCCAUGCUGUCGGUGUAUGGGAUCCUGUUCUCGGCCCUGCUGGGCUCCAUCCUCACGCUCCUGGCCCAGGUGCUGCUCUUCUACCGGAGGCCCCCGGAAGCCCCCGAGGGCUCCAUCUCGAGCCCGGGCCCCAGCGCCUUCUCGCCCCGCGUGGUGCCGGACACCAGCCUCAGGGAGUACCUAGCCGGCUUCAUCAGCUUCUCCGCGGAGCCCAAGCCGGCCUCGCAACAGCCCUCGCUCCAAGAGUCGCUCUCCUCGGUGGAGUGCACCGAGGAGACCCUCUACUGGCUCAAUGCCAUCAACCUCUUCCUCUUCAGGGAGCUCAAGGACACGUCCCUGCUCCGACACUGGGUCACCAGGAAGAUCAAGGUGGAGUUCGAGGAGCUGCUCCAGACCAAGGUGACGGGCAAAGUCCUGGAGGGGCUGAGCCUGCGUGACGUCUCCUUAGGCAACGUGGUGCCCCUCCUCAAGAACAUCAAGAUCCUCCGGCCAGUGACCUGCAGCGAGGACGGCUGCCCCGAGGAGCUGGACUUCGAGCUGGACCUCGAGUACCAGGGGGGCUUCCACCUGGCCAUCGACGCCGACCUGGUCUUCGGCAAGUCGGCCUACCUCUUUGCCAAGAUCUCCAGGGUGGUGGGUCGCCUGAGGCUGGUCUUCACCCGCUUGCCCUUCACGCACUGGUCCUUCUGUUUCGUGGACGAACCCGUGAUCGACCUGGAGGUCAAGUCGCAAUUUGAAGGGAGGCCCUUGCCACAACUCACUUCCAUCAUAGUCAGUCAGUUCAAGAAAGUGAUUAAGCGCAAGCAUACUUUACCUCACUAUAAAAUCAGGUUCAAGCCUUUCUUUCCAUUUCAAGUUGAACCCUAUGAAGAAUAUCAGGAUCGGCUUCUCAGUAUAAAAGAUUUUUCACUAACUGAAGGACGAUUGAAACUUUCCUUGAUAGAAUGUGCAAGGUUACUUAUUUUUGGAUCCUAUGAGAGGGAAGUCACUAUUCAUUGCACAUUUGAACUGAGUGAGAAUGUUUGGGAAGAAAAACAACGAACUUUCAUCAAAACGGUUGAACUAAUUAAAGGAAAUUCACCAAGUGUCGGACUUGCUCUCCGUCAAGUACAAGCUAAGGAAGGGGAAUCAGGACAUGUAGUUGUGGAGACUGUCAUACCAAACUCAGCUGCUGCGGCUGCUGAUCUUCAACGGGGUGACAGACUUAUUGCAAUUGGUGGAGUUAGAAUUACAUCAACAGUCCAAGUACUAAAGCUCAUCAGACAGGCUGGUGAGAGAGUCAUAGUAUAUUAUGAGAGGCCGGUUGGAAUACAAGAUACUCUCGGACAGGUAGAUGAUGCAGUGUUGCCAGAUGGCGUCACCUUAACAGAAGCUGAGAUUAAAGACGUGGAUUUAGAAUUUGAGGACUUGGCCGGUGAACUAAAAUCAAGUGAAUAUAAAGAAGAUCUGUUAACAACAAGCCCCAAGCAUACUUCUACACUUGGUUCUAAACCACCUGGAUCUGUUUCACCAAUAUUAAAUCGUAAGGGAAAUUUAGGAGGUCAUCAGUUGUCUCCAAGGGCACUUUUCAAAGAAGCAGCCAAGCAAGCAGUAAUACUCAAAAAUGCUGAAAAUGUGGAUGCGACCCUUCAACCACAGAAACCAAACAAGCCUCCUGUACCGCCCAGGCCACAGCUUAAAAUGACACUACUUUCUAAUGACACUCCAUUGUCUCCAAGGGCACUUUUCAAAGAAGCAGCCAAGCAAGCAGUAAUACUCAAAAAUGCUGAAAAUAUGAAUGCAACCCUUCAAACGCAAGAUAAGCUGGCAUCUUCAAAUGAUGUUGAGGGAAGUUCAGAAAAAUCAACAAAAAGUAGCGAUGUAGGGGAAGAAUCUGAAGGAUCUAAACCAAUUACAAACAAGCCAGAAAUGGCAAAGGAAACCACAGAACCCUCACAAAAUUUGAAAACGGGUACCAACAAGCCUAUGUCAAACAAAACAGAAGUGAUAAAAGACUCUUCAGAGGGUUCACAAACUCCUAAAGUAAGUACAAACAAACCAGGUACAAAUAAAUUAGAAACAACAAAGGAGACGUCUGAAUUUUCACAAAGUUUUAGGCCAAAUAUAAUAAAUCAAGCAUGGGAAACACCAGAAAUCCCUUAUCGCAAUCGAUUAGGUAAAUGGGCAAGAACAAAGGUCUCCUCUUACAUAUUUGAAGUGCAGAAAGAACAUAAGUACCUGAAUGUCGCCAUUUGGUGUAGAGACCCUUUCAAACUAGGGGGACUUAUCUGUUUAGGAUACGAAAGCAUAAACCUUGAAGAAAUAGCUUUAGAUUGUAUAGCUACGUCCUCCAUGGAAUUCAUCAGACAAGUUAGGUUAAACCCUCCUGCACCGAAAGCUACAGUAAGUAGAACUGCAUUGCGUACAUUGACCUCACACAAAGGUUUCAAUGAAAGUUUUUGUUAUGGUGACAUUACUUUACAUUUUAAAUAUUUAAAAGAGGGUGAAUCAGAAGAUUCAAGUUUUUUGAUGGAAAAAGAAAAAGAACCUACUUCAGAAACCUUAGCAGCUCCCAGUGUCCAAAAAGAGGAUCCUUAUUUUGGACAAAUAAUUUACACUGAAAACAAACACAACUUUCAAGACACCCAGUUUCAGAAUCCAACUUGGUGUGACUACUGCAAAAAGAAAGUUUGGACAAAAGCAGCUUCACAGUGUGUAGUUUGUGCAUAUGUUUGCCACAAAAAAUGUCAAGAAAGAUGCCUAACAGAUGCCCCAUAUUGUUUAGGGGCCACUAGACGGCUUGAGCGAGCCCUACAUACUCUUAAAUUUGAAAACCAAGAUACUCAGUUUACAGGAGUGUCUCGUGUUGAUCCUGAAUUGAAAAAUGCAACUAGAACAACUGGUUUAACAAGACACAUCAUGAAUACCGGCACCCGAUUAUUGAAUCUUCGUCAGGUUCCUAAAGUUCGUGUCAGCGAGCCAGGGACUGACACAGCGGAACCUUCACCAAGACACACACCACAUCCUUCUGAUAAUGAAGCUAGUGAUACAGAAACUGGUGGUUCAAGUAGCCCUUCUAAGACCUCAUCGGGUACAACAAUAAAGUUAGCAAGAAAGGAGGGAGGACUUGAUGAUAGUGUGUUUAUUGCUGUUAAAGAGAUAGGCCGAGAUCUUUACAGAAGCUUGCCUACUGAGGAAAGAAUUCAAAAAUUAGAGGUUAUGUUGGAAAAACUGCAAAAUGAAAUAGACCAAGAACUGGAAAACAAUAAUUCUUUAAUUAGGGAAAAGAAAGAAACAACAGAUACAAGGAAAAAAAUGGUGUUAUCUGCUGCAUUGGCUAAAUCAGGAGAACGACUUCAAGCCCUAACACUCCUUAUGAUUCAUUAUAGAGCAGGCAUCGAAGAUAUUGAAGCUUUAGACCUGGAAUCCAGGAAAGAUGAAGAUGACAACUUAAUGGAAGAUAUGGAUAAUGAUGACGAUAAUGCUCUAGCAAUGGCGCCAGUACUUGAAAGUCUCCUAAAAGAAGGAGAAAAACUUCACGCACCUCAUGAAUCAGCAGACUGAUAUUGCACAUUUGGCCUUUAGAAAGAUAAACUGGGAGAAUACUUUGCACUUAAUCAAAAACACAUCGAAUACUUCAAAAUGUUAUUAAACACUGGUAUGAUGUAUACAGCUGCUCCUCCCAUUUUUUAAAGAAAAACUGUAAAAAAAAUGGUUAGCAUUUUAUUUCCAUGUACAACACCACCAUUUUUGUGUGUGAAGACACUGGUCCAGAAUGUGUUUAGAAAUAUUCUGGGGAUUUAUACUGGAAGGUUAUUUUUAAUUUAUUUUGACUUUUUCUAAAGUUUUAUGUUAACAUGAUGGUUUUCUUUUUUGUUCCUUUUCAUUAUUAAUUGCAGAGUCUUGAGAUUUUUAUCUUAUGCUUACAUUAACACCAUCAUAGCGCCCACAAUGGGACCAGGUUCUGAAAAUCUUUAUUGUCUCAUUAUUUAACUCUUCAAAAUAUUUGGAGAGGAGAGAGUUGUGGGUUGCAGAUGGUUUCUAGGGUUUUGCCAAUCAUGCAUCAUAGCCAAUACUGUGGCAUUAUUUUCAAUAAUUUAGUAAAGCUUUUAUUACAUAUCAACAUUUUUGCUUUCCAUACUUUUUCCAUUCAUAGAUUUUGAGAUGUUCAUUAUGUUUGAAUGCAUUUUUCUCCUUUGGCUUAGUUGAAUUUUCAACUUCUAAAAUAUUUAAUUGAAACUCUUGAAUGACCCUUGAUAAAUGCUUAACCCUUUUUCUCCUUAAAAACCAUGGGCAUUAGAUUUUGCCCCAACAAAGUUCUACCAAUGUUAUGCAGCAGUUUACUGGAGAUGUGCUAGCAAGGUUCUCAUCUCAAUGUAAAAGUAGAGAUGUCUAGCUUUAUAGAACAUAUCACUCUAUAAUGUAAUCCUGCUUAACCACCCAUUAGAGAAAUUGAACUGUAGCCUUUUCUGUUUACCUGAGCAUUGAUUUUGCCAGAGAAACUACAACUUCAAAGUUCUAAUGCUUAAGUGGAUAAAAUGUAAUUAAAAUUUCUCAAAUGAUUGGCUUUUCACUGGUUGUAAUGCCAUACGCAUUAAAAGAGCAGUCAGAUGCUCAACUUGUUAAUAUAGCAUGUAGUUUCUUUCAGUGGAUUUGGAGCCCAAGAGGAACUACAGUGAACAUUGUCAACUCUUUUUUGAAAAGCCCCAACUGAUCUGACGCCGGAGAUGUUAUUUUGAGGUUUUAAAUCUAUGUCUUAAGGCUUGAUUGUCCAUACUCAUAAUUCUUUUGGCACUGCACCAUAAAAAUAUCUUUGUAAACCUAAAGUUAGCAUAUCUAAAUCAUCCUUACUUUGACUGAAAACAGUACUUCAUAUUAUUGUGACAAAUGUGCUUUGCUGUAAUCAUUGUAGUAAAUAAUUUUCCAAAAUUAAAUAAUUGCUGAAAUGAAAAUACAGGCCAAACUAAAAAAAGAGCAUAUUUCUAUAUUUGAAAAAAAUGCUUUAUAACCUAAACUAAGUAUUUCAUAACACCCCCAACCAAAAACAAAUAAUCUGUUGAAUGAAUUAUGCCUCUCUCCAUUAGUAUUUAACUUGUGUCCAGGUACUCACUCUAUAAACAUUUAUUGAUGAGAAACAACUUCAGAAAUAAUGAAGACAUUAGAUUUAUGAAAUAACAUCUUACUGUUCUAUCAGUUAAUGAAAUUGGCAUAUGUAGUUGGGUAUCAAUACUCUUCUAUGAUGAUUGUAUAAUAUAAAUUAAAUGUAGUGCAAUAUUCUAAACGUUGCGUGAGAAUGGUGGCAAAAUAAUUGUAUGGUAGCAACAAGGAAAAACAAAAACACAUAUUUAUAAUAAACACUGAUCUUGAGAAGCAAGCCGUAUUAAUACAUUCCUAUUAUAUUCUUUGCUUCUGUGCUUUACCAUACAUAGAAAAUAAAAAUACCACUGAAAGCAAGAAUAUCUUCAUGCAGUGGUAUGUAACUACUUGACACUUGCACAUAUUUAUGGAAAUCUGCCUGAGAUGAUUGUAAGAUAUGAUUUUAUCAUGAGAAUAAGCUUUAAUAAAAGUUUUUUUAAAAUA